AUGGACUCUUCCACCAUAAUCUUCAUUGCUACCUUGGCAGUUGCAUUCAUAUUCUUAAGAUGGUUGAUAGCACCUAUUCCAGAAGCCAACGAGUUCAAUGUUAGAGAAAGAACUAGAGAAGGACAGCUGGCAUCAUCCACUGGUGCUAGGACCAAUGCUACGGAAGAUAACGCGCCUACAACUUCCAACACCCGAGUUCGCAGACCAGUCACCGACAGCAUGAUUGAGGUAGUUCAAACAAUCGGGCCACAGUUGACCAGAGAACAGAUCAUCAUGGACUUGACCAGGACCGGGUCCGUAGAAUUGACAGUGGAAGCAUACAUGGAGAACGGAGACUUGCCACACCCUCCAGUUUCUGAACAGAGAGCCCCAGAGACUGCCACCACAACUGGCGUCAAUACUGGUUCCAAGACGCCAUCUAAUAAAAUCAAUCUUCUUGAAAAGUAUGAUAUUGAUGUCACCAAGUUGGAUGACCCGGUCGAAGAAUCCGAGACCAGUCUCCAUAGAAGAAAGCAAGAAAUGAUUAUCGCAGCAAGAAAGAGAUUGGAGUCUCAAUUGAAGAAUGAAUUGGACUUGUAA